UUACAAAAGAAAGUUUAAUAGAAAUAUAUAGAAAACGUGCUCGAAAUACUGUGACAACUGGUUCAACCAUUUUGCAUGUAACGACUUCUGCAAUUAACUUAUUUAACUUAAUAUUUUUGAGGGGUAAGACAAUUCAACAGAGAACGAGCAUGAUACAUUUUGACCAACAUGACAUAAGCAAUUGAUAUUGUAGGAAAGACCCGACAAUUGUACAUAAUCAUUUGCAUAAAUGUGCCAAAACAUUUGCAAAUUGUUCAAAUGAAUGACAAAUUGCUUUUUAUGAUGAUAUUUUCUGAUCUGAGAAAUGUGCUGAAGCGACUGAGGAAAAACUGUAAAAAAGAAAACCAAAAACACAAUAAGUCUUAAAAUCUGCUUCCCUUAAAAAGAAUGACAAUGCGGUGCACAGUCUUUCUGCUUACAAACAUUGUCAGCAUAAUAACCUGUGGUAAUCAUACACACAGGUGGCAGAGAUACUGUUCCUUUAUGUAUAUAAAUCAUAUCUGCUGUUCUGUCACAUCAAAUAUAUUCAUAUUCAUAUCAAGUUUACGGAAACUUUUGUUGUGAAUACCUACUGCAUGAUUGAUGUGAACAGAAGUGCUUUGAACAUACGUGACAGCAGCCUGAAGUUUGUCAUCACAGUAAAGACAAGAGCAGUUGUCACCCAUCAUGUUGCAUUUGAAACGUGAUUCUAGUUUGUUGUUGCUUGUAACUGUUGUAUGAAAUAUCUGUACACAGAAGCAGCGACAGAAGAAACACGGGGGAGACAAAGGAAAAAGAGAGGAAAAAAACUAUUUCACAGCCACGGCCGGGACAUUGUGUGUGUGUGUGUGUGUGUGUGUGUGUGUGUGUGUGUGUGUGUGUGUGUGUGUGUGUGUGUGCGUGCGUUUUAAGUUUUAGAGGUCAUAAAAACUUAUUUACAUACACACAAACUCAUCUGCACAAUCAGAUCCACUUAUGUUAGCAUUUGAACCAAAAUCAAUGGGUCGAGUUGGGGUUUGUUUACUUGUGCUGCCCAGUCACCCGGUCCUGAUCAAGCUGAUUUGCUGAGUGUUAGACUGAAUAUGUCUGUUCUGAAAUUUAAAGAGUAACUUCAGAGAGGGCUGAAAAGCAGUGAUUUGCUGCCCUCUCUAGUUUCAGGCUUCUUUUUUUUUCCACAGUCAGCUUCACUGAUGGAUGUGGGUGGGUGUGGUCACAAGUAUGCUUUUUGCACUUACCUGUAACCACACAGUGAUGUCACGGGGUCCUGAAGUACACCUGCUGCAGCACGGUGUGGAGUUACUCUUUAAUUUUGAUUUUUGCUUUUUUUUUGUCAUGAAUAUUUAAUUCUAGAAAUAAAAGAAAAAAAUCCAUUCUCCGGCUGCUACAGUACAGUGCUGUGUUACAGAUUUAGAUGACAGCUAUAUUCAUGUGCUGCUGAAAACAAUUCUGGGUGAAAUGGGGAAUCACUACUGUACAGUUCAACUCCCGGGGAUGUACUCUUUUCUUUUGGGUGUAGAUUACACUUGAAUCCUGUAGCACAUGUAUAUUUACAGAUUUUAACACCUCUUCUCUCCACAGAGGGCUGUCACCCUUCCCUACCGUUGCUUUUCUUCCAUCAUGGUGGACCUGUUCCUAAACAGAGUUCUGGUAGAGAACAACUGGGACCAGGAUGAGCUCAACACAGAGCGUGAAAUCACCGGGAUCCUCGAAAACCGCAUCCUGAUGCUGUUCUUUGCAUCUUCCGAGUGUGAAGAGUGCCAGGAGUUUGUGCCUGUUCUGAAUGAUUUUUUUAAGAGACUCAAAGAUCCGGCGUACAUCGAAUACCCCAAACUGCUCACGCUCAUCUACAUCAGCUUGGACCAAUCAGAGGAGCAGCAGGAGAGAGUCCUCAAAGAGAUGCACAAAAAGGUUCUCUUCCUGGCCUUUGAGGACCCAUACAGGAAGGAACUGCAGACCAUGUUUAAGGUGAAGGACGUUCCCACAGUAGUGGUCCUUCGUCCCAACGGCUCCAUUCUCUCUCCAAACGCUGUGCAGGACAUCUGUCGCUUUGGUUCCGACUGUUUCCACAACUGGCAGGAAUCGGCAGAGCUCAUUGAGAGGAGCUUCAUGCUCAACGAGGAGUUCGACGACCUAAAUCUGCGUAGUGCCACUGACCCCGUGAGGAGACUCAAGUACAAGACAGAGGACGACAAGAGGAAAAGGAGAUGGUGGAAGUUAUGGGGGAAGAAAGGCAAGGAUGGAAAUGAAGGGGAGGAAGAGAGAGAUGGAGCGUGGGAUGCAAAGAGGAAGGAGGGAGAUAAAGGAACGUGGAGGAGAAGAUAAAAAGAGAGGAUGAAAGGAAAAAAGUUUAUUUAAAAAGCAAAAACCUUUGUUUUGAUCCUCUCAGCACAUCUACAAGUCCAGUCUCUUGCACGCGCUCACAGCCUCUUUAAGAAUUAUUUUCUCUGCCUGCAAGGACAUGUAUAGCAGAAUUACACAAGAUAAGGAAAAAGAAAAAACAAGAACUGACAAGAGCUCCUUCAUUGUGUUGCUAGAGGUAAAGUGUAAUGGCAAGUAGAAGCAUAACAUAACUCUGCCUCCCUGCACAGAUUAUACAAAAUGUUGAAAGGAAUGAAAUAAUAUCGAGUUCCUUAAGAAAUACGCUACUAUUGCUGUUUGAAUUACUACAUGUUGUAUUCUUCCUAUUCUGAUUAUUAUUAAUAUGUCUAAAAUAUGAUAUGAAGGUCUAGUGUUAUCACUUCACCAACUAACUGCUGAAGUUAACUAAGAAUAACUAAGAAAAGUUUUCAGUCAUAAGAGCAAAUGUCACAGCAUGUCUAUAUAGAUAAUACAUAUAAAACACACAUGUACAUGUACAGUACAUGUCCCAGAUCAUUUAAGUUGAUAUAGGCACUGAGCCCCACAAAUAAAUAUUUGUGUAUUAACAGUGGGCCAAAUAAAUACUUGUCAAGAGAAAGGGAUCGCAUACACUGACCAACUGUACAGCUCUACAGACUUAUUUUCUUUCGUUGUUGCCUCUUUUAGCUCCUUGUUUUGGUUUUCUGGCCAGGUAAUUCAAAUCAUAUCAAGUCCACUUCCAGCAGCAUCAGGCAGCUGUUAGAAAAUAAAAACAAACAACAAAAACAAAUGGAUGGCUGUGAAUGUAUUUCCAUGUCUGCCUGAUAUGUAAACAGGGAACUGUUUGAUAACACUUGUGCUUGUCAGCAUUUCCUGUUUUAGCAUGUUUAUGUUUAAUUGCAGCUGUAAACUAAAUUUAGGCGCUGGCACCUGCUGGUGUUUAAUACAGUGUCAAGCAUUGUGUAUAUGUUAUUUAUUUUUAGCAUUAUUUUAAAAUUCUUUGUCAAUUAUGGCAUCUGUCCUGAGAUUUUUAUUUUAUUAUUAAACAGUUAUGUAUAAGUUGUGCUGAUCUCCAAAAAAAAAAAAAAACCCAAAAACCCCAAAAAGAACCCCCAAUAAACUCUCUAUCCUGCUAACACAAGCUGUGUCUAAAUUUCACUGACGUGGCUUCACGGCCACACUGUGC